AGAUGGCGUUGGACAGUUGCUGGAUCUGGAGGUAGCGAUGCUACUAGGAUCCGAAGUUGUGGUAGCAAGCGAGUGUGAGCUGGAGCGAGGGCCGUGUCUCAACUCUUCUCACCUUGGUGGCCUCACAGCUACCACGCUCACGGGCCUCCACAGCACCUUCACUGGUCGACUUGCUGGGGCAGGCUUCGUGCGCUACCGACUGGCCCUGGAAAGUCGGACAGGAGAUGCUGAUGCAAAAUCAACGUUUUUCUACAAUUCCACAGCAGCUCUUUGUGGACCUGACACGACUGGUACAAUGGGAAGUGUUGGAGGUGGAGUUCCGUCAUACCGCGCUUCACUCGAACGCACUGCGUGGCCGAGGGGACAAAUGCAGCCGACCACGUCAUACAUCAGUAACUGCAGUACCGAAGUGCACGGUCCAACUGCGUCGUCGUGGUACUUCGGCGAAACCCAUCCCGGAGCCGCUACGGAAACGUCUCCGUCAUCACUUCUCGACCGCGCUGCCACUCAGGCCUCCUGGACCGGUAGUGCGGGAGGAAGGCCGUCGCCGCCCAGUGCAUCUCGCUGGGAGGCUCUCAAGUCCCCACGUAAUAAUGACGCCGACCCUUACAGUAGCUUUCAGUCCAUCGGCCUGAAGCAGGAACAGACUGCAGCGACUGCUUCGCCGGGUUUUUCUGCCACUGGAACUGUCCCGAUAAACUACACGAAGUUUGGUACGACCAUAGAUUCAUCAUCAUCGUCUCUGACGCCCAGAAACGUGGAGCCUGGUGCAUCUUCCUACUGGAACAGUGCUAGUGCACCUCCGUCUGCUCCGCCGCCAUCGGUUUACUUCGGUGGGCCUUCUGCGGGCGGCACUCACCAGAACUGGCGCACGCACCAGCCGCCGCCUGUGUUGUCGCAGAGCAUCAAUCCGACUGCGCCAGAGCCGCCGGAGACGGACGCGGACCGACGACGAAGAGAGCAAGAAAAAGCCAGUAUCGAAGCAGAAAAAGCUGCCAUCGAAGCUGAGAAGGCACGCCUACAAGAAAAGCAGCGCUUGCUGGAAGAAACUGAAGAGCGACUCCGGAGGUAUUUAUAUCUCCCUAUGAUCUUUCUAUGCUUGUUUAGAUUUUGAUCUGAUCUUGUCUAUCAUCUUCUUGUUGUCGUUCCGUGAUGGAGCAGACGGCGUCUUCAUCAGGAUGCUGGUUAUCGUCAGCCUGGCACUCUCUUGUUCUUGUACGAUAAAAAUUAAAAUGUUUUAUCGUCCUAAUUUGAUUUUAUGUGCGACGAUCAACAACGGCUAGAAAUCGUCAGCGGAAUGAAUCUUAGGCAGAUUCAUUGCCGAGUAGAUUCGCAUCAUCAUGGUGCUCGACGGUCAACAUCUACAUCUAACUACAGGAGCCAAGCUGAAGUCGAUGCCCAGCGGCAGCGGGAGCUUGAGGAACGCGAGAAACAGGCUAAUGAAGAGAAGCGGAAAGCCCGAGAUCUACAGAAGCACGCUAGCUUGCAACUGGAGCGUGCGCGUCAAAAAGAGGAGGAGCUGAAGGCGAAGGAGGCGCAGAUGCAAACGCAGUUGACAAACCCAUCGAAGGCGAGCAAGAAUGAGAGUACUUCAGUUGCUUCGCAGCAACCCAAGCGCAAGCAACAGGAAAAAUCAGUGUGGGGUGCGCCACCAUCGGCAGCCAGUAUGCGCCCACUUUUGCCGCCCCCGACCAUAUCUACGAAGCAAGUGGCUACCAUGAAAAAUGCCCAGCCAACAUCUAAGCAACAGGAUGAUCACAUUCACAACGCAACCUCUUCUAGUACAGCUGCAAACGCGUUGCAAGGAUCUUCCGACAGUGCGAGGAGGCCUACUGCAGCCGCGCCUUUUACGUCGACGUCUUUUGCGCCACCCAGUCGCAAGCCAAUCCCAAAUCAGCCUCCCACCGGAUCCCCUCAGCACGAGGAUGAGCUCCUAUCCUCAUACGAAACGGAUGAAGAGGGCGAUAAGGAUCUUGCUCGUGGAGCACCCGUUGCACCUGCUCGCGGAAACGCAGGAGGACAACAAAAAGUUUCUAAAUCUAGUGCUCCUGAUGAGCUAACAGCACGAAAGCCACCCUCAAGCCACCCACCAGUGGCACAACCGGUACAGCAUCCGAAGCAAGCUGCUGCCCGGGGUACUGCAGCCAGCCGAUUUCCGGUUGCGGCAGGCCUUGACGAGGGAGACUCCGGUACCGAGGAAGGUGAAACCCCUGCUGGUGCAACUAGUUCGAGAGGAGGUAGUAAGGCGACAUUUGCAGCGCCUUCUGCGCCCCCGCCACCACCGCCUCAGGCAACGCGGUUCGUAAAGCCGAAAGUCAUGGCCUCGUCAUUUGGCGACAAGGAUGAGGAUCCGGCUGCGCGGACAAGGGACACUCCAAGCGAGGCUGCGCUGGCUGCGCGAGCGGCAGCGGCAAAAAAGAAGAAAAAAGGCGAGAAAGUUCUGGAUCCUUUGGCACCAGCAGCGGCGCUGACGAAAUCGGUGAAAGGUCUGGACCAAGCUAUUUCGACAGGUGGCACUUCCGCAGACCGACGCCGCUACGCGCACAUUGUCGACAGUGCACGGUACGUACCAGAGCAGGCUACAAGCUAUAACUACGACAGUACCACAGCAGGCGGUGACGAAGGCGGAACUUGGUCUGGAAAAGCAUCAUCUGCCUGGGCAGAAACAAAUAACGCGGUCACCUCGAUAAGUACGAAGAUCACCCCGGGAAAGCCUCUGACGCAAGCAGCUGCGUCUAGCGCUGGCGGAAAGAAGGUAUUUUCGUCUCCGAUAACGGGAACCUAAUGUUAAUCACUUCGUUUUUCUGCUAUUGACUUUGACGAAGUGGAAGAACUGCAUCUCCCACGACUUAGACGUUAGCGCAUGAUGCGUUUUUUUUCAUGUCGACGUUGUGGAUACCAAGAAUGAUUGGUUACACGAUUACUUCACAAUCCACAUCUUUUCAUCUCGUGAUGACAUUCAUAGCUAAAUACUCGCAACUACUGAACACCACCAGGCCCAGGCAAAGGUUGCCAACCCCGCCAUGUCGACUGCUUCAAGAAAUCCGAUCCCAGUUUCAAGCGGUCCGGGUUUGAGUGUUUGGGACAAUCCCGGAACUAGUGCCGCAGCAAAGGCGCGAUCCGCGACUGCGUGCACUACAACGGCAAAGUCCGUAAUCACCUCUACAACCGCCACGAGCUCAACAGCGGCGGCGCCAAAGAUAAAAGGUAGUGCGCCAGCACCUGCCCAAAAGGGGACCAGUACCACCACUGCGCCACCGUCUCGACCGGUCCCACAAAGCAAAGGCGGCGCGGCGGUAGAGACUUCCAAAGUUGCACUCUCUACCUCGGACCUACACAUGAUGGCGUCGAGUGACAACGAUACGGAUACGCAAGGUUCUUCUGCUCCGCAGGGACUGAGCGCUAAAGAACAGGAGGAUGCACUUUUGCGGGAGUUUCUAACUACAGAUCCCUGGUUUGUGGAAACGGAAAAAGAGAAGAAAAAACUUGAGAAGAAGCUGCGUGACAUCAUGAAAUUGGUGGAGAUGAAGAGCAAAGGACAAAAACUGCAAGGAAACCAAGAACAAAAGCUCGCGGAGCGUGCAAGAGUCGAACAUGAGCUGCAUACGGUAUGCAUACUCUUGGAUCUGCUUAAUAUCAAUCACAUGUUUCAUCUCUUACUUGAUAUCAGUUUUUAUGGGCUGUACGUAGGCACAAGAAUAUCACGAUGCUGCUACGUACUGAUUUUGGUUUUCUUUUUGUCGAAAAUGACUAGGAACUGCCAUUACAAUACAAAUUCCAAAAAUAACAAAAGCAAUGAGGAUGAGUAAUAAAAUUCAAAUUUACGUUCAAUGUUGACAACAGGCUACCGAAUCCCUACGAACUAUGGAGGACGACAUGAGGCAACAGCAACGUGCGGCCCUUGAGGCUGAGGAAAAGCGGGAAACCCGAGAGGUGACUGAUAUAGUCGAAAAAUCCGAACUCAGUGCACGACAGAAAGCCCGUCAGCGACAAAAGAAGGCGAAAGAAGCUGGAGGCCGCUGAAUGAGGACUGUCGGAAGUGAUGCUUGACUUCGCGAUUAUCCAUUUGCGCUUAUUGAGGGGAGGUGGCGGCCACAUAUCAUUAACAGCGCGAUGCUAUCAUCUACUACAUGGAAAAUUUUCAUCAUGAAAUAGAUGGCGAUCCUGCUCACCUAUGCCUUCCUCUUUCAGAAGUCCUCAAUUUUUUCGGUUGCGUGAUCAUGAUGAUGUUUCCGAAGUAUGCUCUCGGAUUUGUUUCCGAAGUAUGGUCUCGGAUUUCUACUUAGUCUGAUAUGAAGUAAUUCCAAUUCAGCCAAAUUGAAGUAAAAUACUUAUAGGUAUAAUAUAAAUAUACCUUCUUGUUAGUUCUGCUAUUUCCUUGGUGGAGGUCCAGCGGCAGCAAAAAUCUGCUGCUAUUGUCAGGAACGUAUGAGCAUACUCAUACUUUAUCCAUGGGUUUACAUACUUCAUAGCUACACAAACCAUUUGUUAUGUCUCUUUUUGCAAUGAUGUGAUAAAAUGAAUUACGCACAAGAACAUCAGCAAAAAACUGCAGGAGGGAGAUGGAAAAACUCCCUUCCUUCGGAACAAAUCUGAGCCAGCAAGUGGGUGCUCGCCGUAUCCAGUGCUGAUCGUAGUUAUAUAUGAC